UUCUAUUAUCGAUCUUUGGAGCGAGCGGAGGCUCUUUACAUUGCAUAUCAGUCUAGGAGCUUUACCAAGGCAGUUUUGCAGGAACGACUUAUGGGGGUAAUACAAAACACAGGAGGAACAAGAAGCAGCGAAAUGUAAUACUCAGCCGCAGACACAUUUACAACGCAUGCAAAGCAAAGGGAACAACAGCAACAGAGUUUCCCCCCUACAUAGUAAUGGAGGGGAUCCCCAAAGUGAUGGAUGGAAGAAAACCAUGAAAAUUUGCAAAACUAUUAACUCGUUUUAAAAGGGGAGCGAGCCUGUCGAAACUACUACGUUGGAAGCGUAACAGAGGAAAUAACCCCAUGUAAAGGAAUCGCUUCUAAUAGAGGAACUGCUUUUUUGUUGUAAAAAUUAAAGAUGGGUAAAGGCUUGUGACCAGGUUAAGAGAUUAGCCGAUUGAGGAAAUGAAGCCUAAACAAAGCGUGCCUUCUUCACUGGAAAUAUUGAAGUGAAAUUAACCGUUUUUCUCGGCUCACAGACACGUGAAAAGACGGCAGCUGCCAAGGAAACCUGAAAGAUGAAGCCCUCAGUGCCCCUGUUUCUUCUUAUCUGUUCGGCUGCCUGCACAAACUGGAGAUCCAUCUCCAAGAGAAACUAUGUGGACGGCUGUAUAGACUGGUCGGUGGAUUUGAAGGAGUACAGAGUGCUGGCGGGGGAGCCCGUGCAGGUCAAAUGCGCGCUGUUCUACAGCUACAUCAGAACCAACUACACCAUGGCCCAAAGCACCAAGCUCAGGCUCAUAUGGUAUAAAAACAAGGGCGACUCAGAAGAGCCCAUCAUAUUUUCAGGACAUAGACUGAGCAAAGAGGAUGACUCAAUCUGGUUUCGUUCAGCAGAGCUAGUGGAUAAUGGGUUUUAUACCUGUGUUUUGAGAAACUCGACGUACUGUAUGAAGGUGUCCAUGUCCUUGACAGUGGAGGAGAAUGACUCGGGGCUCUGCUACAACAGUAAAAUCAGAUACCUGGAAAAGUCUGAGAUCACAAAAAGGAAAGAGAUCCUCUGCCCUGAUUUAGAGGACUACAUCGUUCCAUACAAGCAGCCACUUAUAACGUGGUACAAGGAAUGCAUUCCAAAAACGUGGAGGAGUUUGGUAAUCGUGAACACUACGAGCGUGUUAAUACCGGAGGUUGAAGAAAUGGACGGUGGGAAUUACACGUGUGAGCUGAAGUAUGGCAGCAAGGUUGUGCGAAGAACCACAGAGCUGCAGGUUACAGCUCUCCUAACAGACAAGCCUCCUAAACUACUGUUCCCCACGGAGAUCCAGCCGAUUGUUAUAGAUGUCCAGCUGGGUAACCCGUUUAGCCUGGACUGCAGGGCAUUCUUUGGCUACAGCAGAGAGUCCAGACCUAUAAUCUACUGGAUGAAAGGGGACAAGUUUGUUGAAGAACUGGAGGGUCAUAUUAAAGAAAGCGAAGUCAGGACGAUCAAAGAGUACCUGGGGGAGAAGGAGGUGGAACUCUGCCUGACUUUUGACGCUGUGGAAGAAAACGACGUUGGGAAUUACACCUGCUACGUGGAGAACCGCAUCGGACGCAGACACGGCAGCGCCAUUCUGCAGAAAAGAGAUCUGUACAGACUGGAGCUGGCAGGAGGCUUGGGAGCGAUCCUGCUGGUGCUGGGUCUUCUCACCGCUGUCUACAAGUGUUACAACGUGGAGAUCAUGCUGUGCUACAGGAGACACUUCGGGAGCGAUGAAACAGAAGACGACAACAAGGAAUACGACGCUUAUCUGACCUACAGCAAAGUAGAGCUGGACUCGAUGGACCUGGAGAGCAGUGAGGAGGAGCAGUUUGCUCUGGAAAUCCUGCCGGAUGUGCUGGAAAAGCACUAUGGAUACAAGCUCUUCAUUCCUAGCCGUGACCUCAUGCCCAGCAGCAUCUACAUUGAAGACCUGGCCAGGUGCGUGGAGCAGAGCAGGAGGCUGAUCAUCGUGCUGACACCGGAGUUCAUCACCAAGCGGGGCUGGAGCAUCUUCCAGCUGGAGAGCAGACUCCACAGCAUGCUGGUGACAGGGGAGAUCAAGGUCAUCAUGAUUGAAUGCACGGACCUCAAGGGGGUCAUGAACUACCAGGAGGUGGAGGCCUUAAAACACACCAUUAAACUGCUUUCCGUGGUCAAGUGGACAGGCCCCAAGUGCAACCAGCUCAAAUCCAAAUUCUGGAAGCAGAUACUGUACGAGAUGCCUGCCAAGAAGAAGGAGACGCUGUCUCGGAGGCAGGUCCUGGACUCCGGAGAGCAGGGCCUGUUUGGAGACCUCCAAACUGUGUCCACCAUCGCCAUGACGACCACAUCCGCCACGCUGGCCCCCUCCCAUGCAGAGAUCCCAGACUUUCAUCAAAAGAAGCACCCACAAAUGAGACAUUACUGCAGAGGCUAUGAAUACGAGCUGCCCCCACCCUCCGCACAGUUUAACUCCCUGGGAAACCAUCACCUGUACCGUAAUAUCCCAAUGGCACUCCUGAACGGGCAGGUAGCACACAACAGCACUGUUCAAAGAAACAAGCCCGAAAUUCAUUUCAACACUAUGUUUGCACCGCUGUCCUCCAGGGAACUUACAAGUGAUAUCUGGUAGAGGAAGGACUAGCCUGCAACCUGUUUAACCUGCAUGACGGCAUCUCACAGAAAAAAAACAAGAAGCAAACCAACAAACAGACAAGCGAUUUAAACUGCACAUAUGAACACAAGGAAACUACCUUUUUGUAUUCUUUAGGGAGUUUUUGAUCAGAAAAAAAAUGAACUUUCCUACUUGAAUUUCUUCUUCAUGGAGAUCAGACUCUCAACAAGUUUAUGACCUGACCUCGUUUUUACAGUUCAAGGUGUUGUUAUAAUGUACAGUUUUCAUAUGGUCCUUGAAACAGACAGACAGACAGACAGACAGACUGGCUGGUUGAAAUAUUGAACCUUACAGUGAUUUGCAAUGGAGUGGGGUUUAUUUUGAUGUAUUUUGGGGAGGGGGGUUUGUGCACCUACAUUAAACGUUUUUAAGAAUUGACAUUUCAGCAAAACACCUUUUAUUUGUUUUCUUCAGCACACAUUUCUGUAAAGAUGGAGCAGAUAGGCUGUGGUGUCAGGUUCCCUGUCGUCCUACAUUUACUAGAGUAAUCCACAGCUGGAUUGAAAUCAAGACCUUCACCCCACUUCCAGAACCAACCAGACCUCUUAGUCUUCCACUUACUGUUCAGUCACUGUACCUGAGCCCGAAGAAACAACAGUAAAUUAUCAUAUCUAAAUCCAUAGGGAAUGUAAAGUCUAACUAUAUAGAGGUUAAAAUCACGUGUCCUUGUUACUUAUUCUUAAUAAGAUUUUUACAUUACACAUAGCGCCACCCGGUGGCUAAAUGUUAUUUCAAAAUAGAAUUGCAAUAAAUUCCAAUUUUCCAUAACAUGGAUUAAAAGUACUGCCACAGUGAUGUGAGGUGACUGGAGGUCCACACAGAACUGAAUCUAAUCCAUACCAGCUGUACGAACACCAGUCCACAUGACAAGCACUGGUCACUUCAGCCAUUUCAUACCAGCUGUACGAACACCAGUCCACAUGACAAGCACUGGUCACUUCAGCCAUUUCAUACCAGCUGUACGAACAGCAGUCCACAUGGCAAGCACUGGUCACUUCAGCCAUUUCAUACCAGCUGUACAAACAGCAGUCCACAUGACAAGCACUGGUCACUUCAGCCAUUUCAUACCAGCUGUACGAACAGCAGUCCACAUACAUAUAUAUACAUUCUAAAAGGGAAAAAAUAAACGUUUCAAAAUAAGCAAGAAACAGCCCAGUAGCUGUAGGGUUAUCUUCAAACCCUUUAUUCAGUUCUUUAUAAACACUGAGUCACCCCGAAACUAGAACACACACUAUAGGGUGUGUGCUGUGUGAGUAUUAUUUGGUGUCAGUUUGUCAUCUCAGUAAAGACAGGUUAUGUUGUAAUCUGUCCUGUGUUGCUCAGAUUGAACAGGAUGGAUGAUGUAUUCUGGUAGAGUUGCACACAGUGUGAAGAUAAGCCUGACUGUUUCAGCAUCCCGAAUGCUCUCUAGAGCCGGAUCAUUACGGCUUUGCAACAGUUCCCUGUUUAUUUAAAGCUUCUUUUUUAAGCUGAAGCUCAUUUCUAUGUAUUGGUGUGCUUGGGGGGGG